UGGCAAGACCCCUAUGGGAUUAGCAAAACAGUCCAGAGAUGCGGAUAUCUUUUGGCCACCGCUGAAUGCAGUCUCCGAUAAUUCCUGUCAUCUGCUAUGUGUUGUUGCUGUUCCAUACGAGUUCUGAUAGUUAUCACGGUCUGCUGAGAAUUUUAACAUCACUGGCUUUGACUGGAGCAGGAAAACGGACGCGACUCGGUUAGCUCGUUACCUAGCGUGUUAGAAGGCUCGACGACAUAAUAGAUUGUCCUGCUGCUGAGAACGCGGUGUGCUCUUCUUGUCAGAUCAACCCAGGUGUCACCCAGUGUACUAUCACUAAUUUUCAGAGAGUAUCUUCGUUCCGCCGUAUCGUUCACUGUUGUCUUUGUUAUGUAAUCGACUGCUUUCACCGUGAAAUGUAGCAGCAGCUUGGCCAGUCUUCAGUGUCUCCGCAGCGUUAGCAGAGCACUGCUCUCACUGCGCUGGCUAAAAAUACCACUGUAAGGCCCCCCUGCUCGCUGCGCCUCCAAAAGUGCUGGACUUGUCCCUGUUGGACUUCUCUUUUCUGGUCACCUUGCUCGCAGUUUGCCACUCUACAUGGUCACUACAGUGAAUUUGAGACGACUGGAAGAGCGAGUCGGGCCCCGAGGUUGUGAGCCGAGCUGGUCUGAUCUAACGUUAAAUCGUACCAGCUGCUGGGCUUCAGUUUUCCAAAGGAACGGCACUCGGCUUUGGUUGCUCUGUAGCCGAGUAUCAUUUUGCCCCGAUGGCCUUUUCCUGUUAUAACUAGUAGUAUAGAAAGCCUUGGUGCAGCCCGGGGUACUUUAAAAAGGUCAGACAAGACACAAACGUGAACCUUCGUUUCCACUGUGUUCAGUCUCAGUUUGGGGAGGCAGACUUCAUCUGUCCGGAGCACAAAACCAUGUCGGAGGAUAACAACGCAGACAAAUUCAUCAAGGAGACAUCUAUUUUGGACGAGUACAACAUAAACUGGACACAGAAACUGGGAGCUGGCAUCAGUGGCCCUGUCAGAGUUUGUGUGAAGAAGUCAACUCAGGAACGCCUGGCUCUAAAGAUCCUUAUUGAUCGCCCCAAGGCCAGAAAUGAGGUGCGUCUCCAUAUGAUGUGUGCCAACCACCCAAACAUAGUGCAAAUCCUGGAAGUUUAUGCCAACAGUGUUCAAUUCCCCCAUGAAUCCAGCCCAAGAGCGAGGCUCCUGAUUGUUAUGGAAAUGAUGGAGGGUGGCGAGCUGUUCCACAGAAUCAGUCAGCACAGGCACUUUACUGAAAAGAUGGCCAGUCAGGUCACCAAACAGAUCAGCCAAGCGUUGGAGCAUUGUCACUCUCUAAAUAUUGCACAUCGUGACCUGAAGCCAGAGAACCUUCUCUUCAAAGAUAACUCUCUGGAUGCACCUGUGAAGCUGUGUGACUUUGGCUUUGCCAAAAUCGACCAAGGAGACUUGAUGACCCCUCAGUUUACUCCUUACUACGUAGCACCUCAGGUACUUGAGGCUCAAAGAAGGCACCAGAAGGAAAAGUCUGGAAUUAUACCUACCUCACCCACUCCUUACACCUAUAACAAGAGCUGUGACUUGUGGUCUCUCGGUGUGAUUAUCUACGUAAUGCUGUGUGGCUACCCUCCGUUCUACUCCAAGCAUCACAGUCGCACCAUCCCAAAGGACAUGAGGAAGAAGAUUAUGACCGGCAGCUUUGACUUUCCCGAAGACGAGUGGAGCCAGAUCUCUGAGAUGGCCAAGGACAUUGUACGCAAGCUGCUGAAGGUGAAGCCAGAGGAGAGGCUAACAAUCGAGGGAGUCUUGGCUCAUCCUUGGCUUAACUGCACCGAGGCUCUUGACAACGUGCUGCCCUCGGCACAGAUGAUGAUGGAUAAGGCGGUAGUUGCAGGGAUUCAGCAGGCCCAUGCAGAGCAGCUGGCCAACAUGAGAAUUCAGGAUCUGAAUGUCAGCCUGAAGCCCCUAAACUCUGUCAACAACCCAAUCCUCAGGAAGCGGAAACUUCUAGGCCCAAAGCCCAGUGACAGUUUCUUCAUUCACGACCCAGAAAACGGAGGGGAAGACUCCAACGUAGCACUGGAAAAAUUACGAGAUGUCAUUGCACAGUGUAUACUACCACAAGCUGGAGAGAACGAGGAUGAGAAGCUGAAUGAGGUGAUGUAUGAAGCCUGGAGGUUCAACAGAGACUGUAAGCUGCUGAGGGAUGGCCUGCAGGGGCUCAGUUGGGACGGACGAGCCUUCUCCGAUAAAGUCGACCGCUUGAAGUUGGCUGAAAUAGUGAAACAGGCCAUCGAAGAGAAGACAAAUCUCCAAGAAUCUCAUUAGCAGCUGCUGUCUUUCUAUCUUCUUUUUAUAUUGUUUGUUAUUACCCUUUUUAACUCAUAUCUGUAAAAAAGCUUUUUUAUGUAUUAAUUUUUUUUUUUCUUCGUAAAUUUACUUGCAAGAUUUAUUGUCAAACUGUUGCAAGAGCUAUUGUACAGCUGUAGAUAUAUUUCAAAGAUGACUCAUUGGUACUAUAAUUUUUUUUUAUGGAUACUUGCAAAGAAUGUGGGGAGAAAAAAACCAACAACUAUAUUUUCAUUUUUGCAAAAAAACAAAAACAAAAAAAGCAAGACCAAAAAAAUGAAAAUCUGUGAAAGAAAUUAUUUUCUGGGAGGAAAUUUUUAUUAGCUGUUUGUCCAGCUUAUUCAAGAUGUCAUGUGUUUUAUCCCAGUUAUUUCAUUUUAUUCUAUUUUAUGUUAUUUUAUUUUAACCUUGCUAAGGAAUGUAUUUAUUUAAACAAAAUUCCAUUAUUUUAUACCUUACUCGUAGGUUGGGGUCCGAAAGUUGACAGAAGCGCUCUACAAUGUGAUUUUGUUCUUCCACACACCUUUAAAAUCUCACGCUAGAGAGAAAUGGUCUGAAGCUUUGGGUUUUCCGUCGUCUCGUGUGUCUUUCCCUCGACCUUUUUUGUUGUUUAGAGGUUGGGGAGAAGCAGAAAUGCGGGUAAAAGAAAGCAUCAUAAAUCAGAAAAAUGGAGGUAGAUUUGCUCAUUUUGUUUCACAGUACCUCUCUUCCAACUAAAUUUAUUAGUUAUUAAAUCGUUUGAGCCAAAAAAAUAAAAUCUGAAUACCUUUUUUAUGAGCUUUAGUUAAGACGUUUUUGAAGCCCCCCAAAAAUCCCACCCCCCUUUCAAAAAAAUAAAUAAAAGUAACAAUGUGUUUUUCUGAUUUCUGAUGGUUUUGAUGAGAGUCCACUGUUUUAUUUCAAGUUGUUUAUCUGUGAAACUGACACAAUCUCUGCUGCUUUCACGUCACAGUUGUAUCUGCUGGAAUUUAGACCUGCAUAGUUAAUAUUUGAACUCUUUCCUAGCAGGAGUGGUUGUUACUUGAGCUCAAAGAAACACACACACAAAAGAAACCCCCCCUGGUGUUUUUGGUCCAGUGUGGUCUUAGACCAGAGCAGAUCAGGGGGGAAGGACUGGAUUUCAGUGUCAUAACUUGAUGUUCAACUGAAUGUGCAAUAGGGGCUAUAAUGUGAUCAUGCUUUCCCCCCCCAAUGCAUGUACAUACUGAGACCGUACUUAUCUAAUGUGUCAGUAUUACUGUUUAUCAGAGGCCUUCCAUGUUUCAUGUCAUUUCAUUUCAGAGGUUUGAAUACCCAGAAAUGUUCCCACAUCCUCACCCUUAAGGUGUGAUUAAUGUCAUAUUAUUAGUUGAUUGGUCAGAGUGAAAUCUUCACUACACUGUUUGACUCUUGUGGUUUACUCAUAUCUAACAAUAAUAUCCUUUAUAAGAGGCGUUUGGAGAAAGGGUUCCUCUUAAGGUGUUUGAUUGAGGCCACACUGAGUCUGCUGAACAGCUGGAAAUGUUUAUUUUGUGUUUUGGAAAACCUCGUCUGUCCUGAGAUUCUUCUUUGAUGAAGUCUUUUACAGAACUUUUUCUGUGAACAUAAAUUCUUGUCAAGAUUACUGCAUUAACUAUGUGAUCUUCAUUAAAAAGAAGUGUUUCUUCUGAGUAAUUUGCAAA